GACACAGGAUGACAAGUGGCGGACUUGGAGGCGAUCUCGUUACGCAGGGAAUUUACGCAUGCAUCCGUGCGUAAAGAAGAGGAGACGCAGAAAACACGCGGUGUCGGAGGUGUCGAUCCGGAUUCACUCUUCACUUUAUUCCCAUCUCAGGAAGCAAAGUAAGGAGAAGAGGAGUCCCGGAGGUGUACGGCUUCCAUAUUUGCUCCUCACCUGAAGUGUCCCUUACCUUACCCGGCUCCCGUCUCUGCUGGGAGAUUGAAGGAAAACCACUUGACAGACUUGAAGAGCUUUGCCGGAGGCGAACCACAGCUCAUAUAUAUAAAGCUAAGGCGAAGGACAUUAACACAGGGAGAAGUGGAAACUGUGGCUGCAUCUACCAUGGAGGUCUAUACUACUUGGAGGAAACUUACUUUGCUGUGCUUUACCUUCCUCUGCGGACUCACAGGCAUAGGGGCUCAGAUCCAGAUGCCCCUAACCAAAAUGGAUGUGAUCAAGGGUCAGAAGGCGGUGCUGGUUGCCACGUAUAGCACAACACCCGGCACCGACCCCAGCACCAACACCAUCCUCUGGAACUUUGUCUCCAACAGCACUCAGCUGAUCAUCUCCUACACGAAGGGCUCAAUAAUCGUGGGCAACUCACCCCAGUUUAAGAAUCGUGUUGGUUUCACUGAGCAGAACCCCUUAAACAACAUAUCCCUGUACAUCAACAACACCCAGGAGUCGGACUCUGGACGCUACCUCUGCCAGGUCAUCAGUCCCACCAGCCCCGGUUUGACCGCAGAGCUCAGUCUUGACGUCAAGGUCCCUCCUGCUGUUCCUAAGUGCUCUCAAUCUGGGAAACCUGUGGUGAAGGGGAACGUGACCCUGAGCUGCACGUCCGGCACCGGGAAGCCCAUUCCCAUGUACAAAUGGAAGAAAACCAGCCCCACCUCUGAGGUCUUCUUCUCACCCACGCUUGAUGAGAAGACCGGGACUCUGAAGCUGACCAACCUGAGCAGUAACAUGUCGGGGAAGUACGUGUGCACGGCCAGUAACUCAGCCGGCUCCGAGAGCUGCUUCAUCAACCUGGAGAUCGUCUCAUCUACCAAUGUGGGGAUGAUCGUCGGGGCCACAGUGGGCUCCGUGGUCGGCUUCCUCGCCCUCGUCGCCUUCAUCUGUCUUUUCUUCGUGUUGAAGAGGCGGCAAGACAAUGAAGACGAUAUGGCCAAUGAAAUCAAGGAGGAUGCCCAGGCGCCAAAGCGUGUGUCCUGGGCCAAGAGCGGCAUGGGUUCGGACAUCAUCUCCAAGAACGGCACCCUGUCCUCCAUCGCCUCCAGCCCACACCACAAGGAGCCCUCGCACCACCACAACAACCACCACCACCACCUGCAGCAGUACCCCCAGCGCCCCCCUUCGGACACCGCCUCCAUCAUCACCGCCACGGGCAGCACGGCCGGCUACAGACCGUCCCGGCAGCAGGGCGCCUCCACCCCCACCCACUACAGCUACAACAACAACAGCACCCUGCCCCGCGGACAGCCCUUCUCCUCCGACGCCAGCACCAGCGGGAGCUCCCUCCCCAGGCCGGAGCGCUACACCCAGCUGCCCCAGGCCCAGGCGCCGCCCCAGACCUACAGCCAGCCUCAGGCGCAGCAUCAGCCGGUGCCCUCCCCACCGCCGCUGCCCACCUCCGCCCUCACAGCCUCCAACAUCACCCGGAUGGGAGGGGUUCCCAUCAUGGUGCCUGCACAGAACCAGGCCGGAUCUCUAGUCUAACACCGACACAAUAACAGUUUCUUUUAUAAAGGGAACAUUUAACCUUUUAGCUAAUUAAAAACAUUUAAUCCUGCCACUGACACUCGCUUUUCGCGCUGAGACGCUUUUGGCAAA